CAGUGAACACUGGAACACUCUGGGUUCUGGAAUCACUGACCUGGUCUUUGGAUUCAUCCCAUAUAAAAACCUGACCUAUAAACAAUGGUCAAAUAUAUGUCACAAACAAUUUAAGAAUAACUCUCACAAAUUAACCUAAAGUAGUGUCACAGUGCAGUAACUACUAUUCAGAUCAGCUAUCAUUAAUUCAAUCAUCAUCAGUUCAGUCUUGUUGUACAACGUUAAAAGUUCAAAGUUAAAAACAAAAAUAAAACAAUAAGCUCUCAUCAGAUCUCAUCAACCCAUCAAGUGGGUGAACAUCAAAUGUUUUAUUUUCUCUUCUUUUUUGUUUAAGAUGAUUUUAGGAACUGGGUUACAUGUGGAACUCUGAAGGGUAAAGCACCGACCCAGGAUGGUGAAAAGCUUACCAGUAGGCAGUAAAGACGGCCCAAAACUCCUAUUUUUCUCAACUUAUUGCUGUUAAUUCACAUAACCCUUGUAUUUUGUAUAAUACCAUAAAUUCUGUACUGAAUGCAGAAGAUUAUACGGUGGGCCUGAGAGGCCAAACGAACUGCAACUUCAGAAAACACCUGCAAAAAAAAAAAAUGAAUCGAACAAAAUAAUAUCAUGCUACAACAAACCUCAAACAUAUCCAAAUAAUAGAAGCCACAAGAACUAAACAUAUCUUCAGUAAAAACAUAAGUCAACAAUACAGAAAAUAAACACAAAAUGCUGGGUCACACACCCAGCCCGUGACAAUCUAAUAUGGCGGACAACUCUGCAGACACAUGUUGCCAUUAUGAUGUCAUCUUACUAAUGCUUGCAGACAUGAGUUUAAAAAACAAAGCAAAAAACAUUUAUAUUGCUUGGCAUUUUUAUGUUGAAAACUUCAAUAAUUACAUCUGUUAAUUACCAAACAUAUCUAUGUAUAAAUGAAAGAAAGGAAACUUUGUUUACAAUUUGACAUUCUUUGCAUCAUAUUUGAGAUGUAAUUUUUAGAUUAAGUAAACACUGCAUACUUUUUAUGUAAAAAGAACUGGAAAAAGAACAAAAAAGAAAGUGUUUAAUAUUACUUUCCAUUAGAUGGUUUGAAAUGUUCAUUGAAUGUAUUCAGUAACAUUUAUGAGAAAAAUAUGAGAAAAGAAAGAAGAAAUCUGUUCAAGAUUCUUUUUUCAGUGCAAAUAUGUUUUUAUGUUUUCAUCUUCUUUGUCAGAGGUCUGGAUAAUAACUACUGUCGUAACCCCAACCAUGAACUGAUGCCCUGGUGCUACACAACUGACACCGGCAAACGCUGGGAGUACUGCAACGUGCCACGGUGUGGGGUUGCACGCACACAAGGUGAUCCAGUCAUCCUCCCAAAUGAGGUAGACUGCUAUGAAGGGAGCGGUUUGACUUAUCGGGGCAUAAUAUCAGAGACCAUCAGUGGAAAAAAAUGUCAAAGUUGGAGCUCCAUGACUCCUCACAGACAUUACAAAACUCCAGAAGCCUACCCUAAUGCGGACCUCAGAGGGAAUCUGUGCAGGAACCCUGAUGGGGACGACGCUCCCUGGUGUUUCACUACAGACCCCGCAGUCCGCUGGGAGCACUGCAACUUGAAGAGAUGCUCUGUCAGACCUUCACAAGUCAGUUCUCCUCAGUCACACAUCGCCUCCAUUGCCAUCCAGACUCCACCGGAAAAAGACUGCAAGAUCGGAAAUGGAGCGACAUACCGAGGUCCAACCUCUGUUACUGCGAAUGGUGUGACGUGCCAGGCGUGGAGUUCUCAGACUCCUCACAGUCACAUCAGCUUCACCCCAGAGACUCACCCCACCAAGGGUCUGGAAGGCAAUAGCUGCAGAAAUCCAGACAACGAUAUAAUUGGACCGUGGUGCUACACUACUGAUAGGGACACGAUAUGGGAACACUGCCAGAUCCCUGACUGUGUUGAAAUGAAGUGCGGAUCACCAGUAAUCAAACCAAAACGUUGUUUUAGUCGUCUUGUCGGCGGCUGUGUGUCGAAUCCUCACUCAUGGCCCUGGCAAAUCAGCCUCCGAACCAGUAUAGGAAAACAUGUCUGCGGAGGAACUCUGAUCGACCCUCAGUGGGUCCUUUCUGCUGCACACUGCUUCGAGAGCUCCAUUCAGCCUUCAGCCUACAAGGUAUUCCUGGGUAUCCACACGGAGAGAGGCAAUGAGCCAUCGAAACAAGAGAGGAGACUUGAGAAAAUAGUAAUGGGACCAAACAGAGCAGAUAUUGCUCUGCUUAAACUAGAGAGCCCUGCAAUAAUAAAUGAUAACGUGCAGCCAGCUUGUCUCCCAGAAAAGGACUAUAUAGUUUCCAGUGCAGCAGAGUGUUUUGUAACUGGAUGGGGUGAGACUCAAGGUACAGGAGGCGAUGGCGUCCUGAAAGAAGAGGGUUUUCCUAUUAUCGAGAACAAGGUGUGUAAUCUACCAGAAUACCUGAACGGCAGAGUUCAAAACAACGAGAUGUGUGCCGGAUAUAUCGAGGGAGGAGCGGACAGCUGCCGGGGUGACAGCGGUGGUCCUCUGGUGUGCUAUGAGCAGAACAAGUUUGUCGUGCAGGGUGUCACAUCGUGGGGUCUGGGCUGCGCCAAUGCCAUGAAACCUGGUGUCUACGCUCGAGUGUCUAAGUUUAAGGACUGGAUAGACACAACCAUCAAAGCCAACUAAAAGCUAUCAUCUGCAGUGUGGUUACUGAGGAUGUCUUAACCUGUAUAUAUUGUUCUGCUCUGGCAAUGAUUGACUUCAUGACAUGAAGUUUUUCGGUUUUCUAUUCUAUCCUGAAGCGGAUAGACUAAAAGCAGGGCACCUUACUGGUUUCAAAAGCAAUGAAAAUGUUUCUGUAACAGGUUAAACUUUUUUUUAGAAGCCAUGCUUUACAGAAAAUGCAUUGCAAAUCUACUUCUUUGUGGUUAUAUUGAGUGAAAUACAAGAUAAAGAUUCAGUUGUUGUU